UGGAUACAGACCCGGGCAUGAAGACAUACAGCUCCGGGUAGACAAUGGACAUAUUUUUCGGCAAGUGGGAGGCCGCGCAGCACAUGCAUGUGCAUGCCCAGAGUGUCAGGCGUGCACACGACACAUCUAUCCAACUAGAUCUGAAGCUUCACAUACACCCAUGCGAGCAGGCCCCGAGCACAUACCCGAGCAUCUACAGCUGCACCACCCCCUCAUAGUAGCCUG